AAAAUUGUAUGCCUAGUCUAUAUAAAUCGAGUGUGGCAAGCAGAAUGGCCAAUUGAGUGCACGAGUAACAGUAGACGGUGUGGCAAUGUUGGAGCGACGCAAGCAGCUGGCUUUACUGCUGCUAGCCAUAUUUGCCUUUCAAUACUCAGAGGGAUUAUUCAAGAAACUAAUCUCCCUUGAAGACCAUCCAUGGUCAGCGGAAAGUGCUGAGCAUUACCAUUUUAAAUUUCCCACACUUAAAUUGCUAAAACCUUUCGGUACAUUGGAAAAUAAAUUGGUUAAUAAACUAGAAAAGAAGGAGGAAGGCCUAGGGGCAUUGAUCGAAAAGAAAUUAGAGGACUGGGAGGGGAAAAAGGAAAAGUUCGAUGAGAAACUUUUAGAGGUAUUUGAUUUCCUUAAAGAGAAGAAGCAGAAGGAAACAGAGUACAAGCCACAUUAUGAAACGCCGCCACCACCGCCACCACCGCCACCUCGCCACUAUGAGCCUUAUCCGCCAGCACCAGCACCAGCGCCUGCUCCCAAGCCAACGCCAACACCAGCAUCAUAUGGACCUCAUCCACCGCCAUAUGAGCCUCACCCACCGCCAUAUAAACCUCACCCACCACCAUAUGUUCCUCCUCCACCAGCACCUCCCUCAUAUUAUAGUCCUCCAGACGCACCACCAUAUAAACCCAACCCACCAUCACCUCCAUCACCACCACACUACAAACCACGAAGACCUUACGUACCAGCGCCGACACCUUCUCCUCCAUCACCUGCUAGAUAUUAUCCAGAACCGGAUUCCAGCGAGGAGCACUCUUAUCCGUAUCGGCCAGUAAAACCGAAUCCUCCUUCCCCAACAAAAUACGAACCACGAAGACCUUACGUACCAGCGCCGACACCUUCUCCUCCAUCACCUGCUAGAUAUUAUACAGAACCGGAUUCCAGCGAGGAGGAGCACUCAUAUCCGUAUCGGCCAGUAAAACCGAAGCCUCCUUCCCCACCAAAAUACAAACCACGAAGACCUUACGUACCAGCGCCGACACCUCGACAUUAUGAAGAAUCGGGCUCCAGCGAAGAACAGUCGUAUCCGUAUAGGCCGAUAAGACCAAUAAGGCCGAAACCAGCAGUGUAUUGCGCCGAUGACGAUUAUGAUGUGCGUUAUUUCACUUAGUUGUUGUUAUACUUAUUUAGAAAUUCAGAUUCAGUUAGGUUAUUGUGGAAAAAAGAAACAAACAAAAAAUUAAAUAAAAAAAUGGGAUUACAUAUUAAGAA